GAUGCCGUGACAUCAAAGCCAGUCAUCCAAUUUCAAGGAAGCCAAGGGCACAUCGCCAUCCCAAGGCCCGAUCGACCCACGGAAGUGCGGACAUUCACAUUUUAUCUUUCAAAUAUUGGCAAGGACAGCCCUCAAGGGAGUUUUGACUGCAUCCAGCAGUAUGUCUCUAGCAAUGGCAACAUCCAUUUGGAUUGCCUCGGAAGCAUACAGGACAAGAUCACCGUGUGUGCUACUGAUGAUUCCUACCAGAAGGCGAGGCAAAGCAUGGCACAGGCAGAGGAGGAGACUCGCAGCCGGAGCGCGAUAGUCAUUAAGCCUGGGGGGAGAUACGUAGGCAAAAAGGUUCAGGUGCGCAAACCUGCGCCAGGAGCUUCCGAUGCCGUCCCCUCCAGGAAGCGCCCGACUCCAGUCAACCUCGCCAGUGCAAUAAAGAGAGGCAAUAGCGCCAUUUCUCAGAGACCCUUCAAGGAUAGGGUCGUGCACUUACUGGCACUAAAGCCUUAUAAGAAACCUGAACUUAUUCUCAGAUUGCAGAAGGAUGGACUUUCUCAGCAGGACAAGGAUUUGCUGGACAACCUUCUGCAACAGGUGGCAAAUUUGAGUGCCAAGGACAGCACUUUCACACUGAAAGAUUGUGUAUACAAAGAAGUGCAGAAGGACUGGCCUGGCUACUCAGAAGGAGAUCAGCAGUUGCUGAAGAGGAUACUUGUCCGGAAACUCUGUCAGCCGCAGAACAGCAGCGGUUUUCAAGGAGAGGCGCCUUCCCUGAGCCCCCCAAAAGACACCGUGAACUCCAGCUCUCCUCCUCAGAAACGAUCCCAGCCUCUGGAGUUUAUCGAUCCCCUGGCCAACAAAAAGCCCAGGAUCUCGCAUUUGGCUCACAGAACUCAACCCACCUUCAAUGGGAAACUGAAUUCCUCCAACGGGAAGGACACCCCUGCCCCAGCCCCAGCCCCUGCCCUGCCGCCGCCUCUGCCGGAGUCGGUGAGCUCCAGCUCCAACCUCCCGGUGCUGGAGCUGCCGAGGCCUCACGAUCCCCUUUCGGAUGUCAGCAACGACCUGACCCACAACGGCAGAGACUGUGAGAACCUGGAGCCGGCUGACAGACUGACACAUCCCGUACCGACAGACUGUCCCCAAACGAGCAAGCACAAUUGCAGCUCAUAUGUAAAAAGCAAGAAAAAAUCCAAAAAGCACAAAGACAAGGAAAAAGAGAGAAAGGAGAAGAAAAAUGAAGAGAAGUGCAAAGAGGAGAAGCAGGACUGUGAAGUAAUAAAAAAUGCUGACUUAGGUAGUGUUUCCCAGGAACAGGUCACAGGUUUAAAUGGAACAUGCAAUAAUUCUAGUGUACCAACAUCAACUUCAGAAAUGCCAGAUUAUUUAUUAAAAUACGCGGCCAUUUCCUCUUCGGAGCAGCGUCAGAGUUACAAAAACGACUUCAACGCAGAAUACAACGAGUACAGAGACUUGCACGCCCGGAUAGAGAGGAUAACUCGACGGUUUACGCAGUUAGAUGCCAAGCUGAAGCAACUUUUGCAGGGCUCUGAAGAAUAUAAGAACAUCCAUGAUCAAAUUUUACAGGAAUAUCGGAAAAUUAAAAAGACUAACCCCAAUUACAGCCAAGAGAAGAACCGCUGCGAAUACCUCCACAACAAACUGGCUCACAUUAAAAAACUGAUAGCAGAGUAUGACCAACAGCAGUUUUAG